AAGACCAACAUGGCGGACUCGGAAGGAAGGAAGUGAAUACGAGGGAAUAGAUUAUCGACUUUUUCCCUGUUGUGUCAACCAUAUGAAUUUAAGUAUUUCCUCCAAAUUUGCUACCUACUACUUAACUACAAUGACGUGAAGCGGUGCAGACACCAUGCAAGGAGAAGGGGGCUAGGGAGUAGAAAACCGUAGGAGAGAGAUGGGAGCCCAACAAGGGAAAGAAGGAAAUCCUAAACCGGCCAAAUCCAAGACAAAGAAGGAACCGCCCCCGGCCAAGAUUCCCCAGGGGAACUUUUUCCCUUCUGACCAACCCGAUACACCGACCUUGACGACCCGGCCUCUACCUCCAUCUCCUCUAGGUGACUUCCUGAACACAAAAUGGAUGUCGAAGGAGAACCUGCUAGCACAGAACGAGGAUGAUCCCAAUUUGUUUGUGGCUUUGUACGACUUUCAAUCAGGGGGAGACAACCAGCUCAGCAUUAUCAAAGAAGGGGAACAAAUCACAAUCUUGGGGUAUAACAAGGGUGGCGAGUGGUGUGAGGUCAAGAACAAAGCCGGGGAGAUUGGCUGGGUGCCUAGCAACUACAUUGCCCCUGUCAACAGUCUGGACAAGUUCUCCUGGUACCAUGGACAGAUCUCCAGAAAUGCCUCCGAGUACCUGCUCAGUAGCGGCAUCAACGGCAGCUUCCUUGUUAGAGAAAGUGAAAGUAGUCCAGGUCAAAGGUCAAUCUCUGUACGGUUUGAAGGACGGGUCUACCAUUACAGAAUUAGUGAUGACUCAGAUGGAAAGGUUUACGUGACAGCUGAGCACAGAUUCAACACUCUAGCUGAACUAGUCCACCACCACUCCAUUCACUCUGAUGGUCUGGUCACCACUCUCCUGUAUCCAGCACCAAAACGCCAGAAACCCACAGUGUUUGGCCUCAGUCCAGAGCCAGAUAGGUGGGAGAUAGAGAGGACAGAGAUUGCCAUGAAGCACAGGCUAGGUGGAGGACAGUAUGGAGAUGUGUAUGAAGCAAUAUGGAAGCGCUACAAUAAAACAGUGGCUGUCAAAACUCUGAAAGAGGACACCAUGGCUCUCAAAGAUUUCCUGGAGGAAGCCUGUAUCAUGAAGGAGAUGAAGCACCCCAAUCUAGUCCAAUUACUAGGUGUUUGUACACGAGAGCCUCCUUUCUACAUUGUAACGGAGUUUAUGGCCCAGGGUAACUUGUUGGAUUACUUGCGUAGUACCUCAAAAGAUGACAUCGGCCCUACAGUAUUGAUGUACAUGGCUACACAGAUAGCUUCAGGAAUGGCCUAUUUGGAGGCCAGAUGCUUCAUACACAGAGACUUGGCUGCCAGGAACUGCUUGGUGGGCCCUGACCACCUGGUGAAGGUGGCAGACUUUGGUCUGGCACGACUCAUGAAGGAUGACACUUACACUGCUCAUGCUGGGGCAAAGUUUCCCAUCAAAUGGACUGCCCCAGAGGGCCUGGCCUUCAACAGAUUCUCCACCAAGUCAGAUGUUUGGGCAUUUGGGGUCCUUCUUUGGGAACUGGCCACCUAUGGGAUGUCACCUUACCCAGGGGUUGAGCUGACAGAAGUGUAUCAUCUGCUAGAGAGACAGUAUAGAAUGGACCGGCCAGCUGGCUGUCCUGCUAACGUCUACGAACUUAUGAUGAAAUGCUGGCAGUGGGAUCCUAAGGACCGACCUACAUUUCAAGAGAUCCACAACUCCUUAGAACACAUGUUUGACAAGUCAAGUCUAAAUGAAGAAAUCGAAAAAGAGUUGGAGAAAACAGACUCCAAAAAAAUUCCAAUUCUACAGUCCUCCAAGAAAAGGAAUGUAGCAGAGAGUGACCUCAUUGCAGAUGGAGGACAAAUGAGUGCUAGUUCCACACCAUUAAUUGGAAGAAAAGUUUUACCCUCCAGGAAUUCAGAUGAAUCACUGCGACAGGUGUCUGCUGUAUUAUCAAACAAGGCCAAGAAAAAGGGUGGGGCGGCACCCCCUCCUCCACGAAGGACCACAUCUUGUAAAGAGGAAAAUUCAAGUAUGGAGAGUGAAUUAAAGGCCAAGAUGAAGCUUCAAAAAGCCAAGAUCGAAAGUUCUGGUAGUAAAGUGGAUUUCUAUGGCGAGAAUGACUUGGACCAAUCCUCUGUUAGUGACUUUGGACCAACAAUUUCGUUGCAACCAUCCAAGCGUUUAGAACUGGGAUCACCGAAAACGUUCCAGAGAAUGGAUUCCAAAGAAGGAAUGAGAACUUCAGAGGAUGGAAGCAUUGGCCAAAACAGUUCCGACAGUGUUAAGCGAGCACCUAUAGACAAAUCAAAAUACAUGAUUAAUGUGGAUAGUGCAACUAAAUCUCCUUCUCAAGGAGAUAAAAAUGCUACCCGGAAAUUCUCUAUUCCUUAUCAUCGAGAACUAAGACUAGCUUCUGAUGUUGAAAACACAAGAAAGUCAGACAAGGAAACCAACACAAAUUUCUUAGAGGAGAACAAAGACUUUGGUCAGGUGCAAGUGAAAGGUAGAACGUAUCCUAAGAAAGCUCUACCUCUUCCAUCACAUGCUCUUCAGAGAAAAAAGUCAGGUGAACCAUUCAGGAGAGUCGAAUCUGAAAAAAGCAGUACAAUGGUAGCCAGGAGUUUAGACGCAGAAUCUGAUCAAGUCACCAUUGGUCGUUUAGAUGUGAACAAUGUAACAAAAGCUAUAAGUCGUUAUGGGACCAUUCCCAAAGGCAGGCGGAUCGAAGCUUACUUAGCCUCCAUGGAAAGCAAUGUGGAGCAGCAAAGAGUAGACAACCUUCCCACCGUGGAAGAUCACGAUUCUGGAACAGACACAGCAAGCAUCGCUUCAUGUCCGGUGUUGUUACCAGAAAGUGAGAAUGGACCAGCUGUUGAUCAAUGGAGACAAAACCAAAAUGUGGUCCCUCCUGAUUCUGUAGAAGGAAUAAAACCUGAACCUAAUGUAAAACCAUCUGCUGUUGUUAAGUCACAGUCUCAUCAUGUGAUAGCUGAGAAUCAAAAUUCUCAUUUUAAUUCCCUUCUUCAAAGACAGAAAUCAGACUUAACACACACUGGUGGUGCUUUAGACUCUUUUUCUCGGCAAUAUCCUGAUCCAGCUCAGAAACCAAAACCUAGUCCACGAUUAUCCAGAAUGUACACUGACCCCCCUGAUCAAGAAAACCAUCAUGAUAAGAGCAUGGACCAAGUGCCCCCUUCCUCUAUGUCCCAGAGUUUGUACAAAUCUCUUCCUAGCUACUCUGUAGACAAAUCUGGAGACAAUGUAUUCAAUCCCAAGCUUCCCUCAGAAAUUAAGAAACAGUCAGAGUUUAAUUCCCCUAACAUGAGGCCACAUCUCGCUCAAAAAAUGAGGUCAGCAUCAAUUGGUGAUUAUCCGUACACUGAGGAGGCUGCUGAGAAGGAAGACAAACAGAGUGCUUCAGUGUUAUCAAAAGUAGCAAUGUUUCAGUCUGCAGGCCCAGACUUUGGACAGUUUAAACCCUUUGCUAGGGGAGAGCAUGAUAGGAAUUCAAUGAGGGAAGGAAAAGCAAGUAACAUUGAUGACAUUAUUGGUAGUAAACCAAAACCACCCCCACAUAGUAUGCAGCAGAUGUUUAUGUCAAAAUCUACAUUUGAUUCCUUGGAGCCAGUGCAUGAAAAUUAUCCACAUGGAGGGGGAAAUUCGGAUUCGGACCUUCCUGUCGUGUCUCGUGACAGUAUUCUUAAUUUGUCAGAAGAUGUCUUAUCUUCUCUUCAAAACUUAACCAGCACAGGAAACAAAAACAGCGCAAACUUUAUGAUCCUGUAUGAAAAAGUUCUACAGUUUCAUGACUUAUGUUCUCAGUUCUUUGAUUCCAUGCCCCCUCACGCUAAGUUUCACGCCAAGGAAUUAUUAUCACGCCUACUGACUCAAAGUGAAAAUGUCAAAACCAUUUGUAGUUCCAACCCCUCAAUGGGAAUGAAAAUUAUUAGUGAUGUCCAUGCCUCUAUCCAAGAAAUUGUGGAUCUGAUAAGAAAAUGAGCUUUGAACUUGCAUGUAAAUCCAGUUUUAAUCUCUGAACAGUGAAAUUUGUCAGGUUGUAUUUCUGGGGCAUGUGUACUUUUUAAUAUGACAUACAUGUAUAUAUGUAUUUUUACUUUUAAUAGCGUCUCAGUUUAUCAAGUGCUGGCAUUGCUAUUCCACACAAACAUUGAUUUUUUUUUUUAUGAAAUGGCAUUAUUUUUCACAGCAUUGCCAAUGUAUUACUAUACACUAGGUUGUAAGUUGCAUUCAGUGGCCUGAUAAGGUUGUCUAUAGAGUUAUGCCCCUUUCUGAUUUUAAAAGAGCAUGUUCCAGAGAUCUUGAGAAUCUUCCAUGUAUUUUAACCAAGGUGUCAUAUUUUGUGUGAAACUCAUUUAUUCUCAUCUGUAGGGUUUUCAUCAUUUUUUCGUUUCUGCUCUGUAGAUAGAUCACCAGUGUAAUACUGCGGCUGAUUUCACAACCUUGAGGUUUCUUCUUUACAAUCUUUUGAUUGGUUAGCUUCUUUAUUUGCAAUAUGAACUGUCGUAUACAAGCGUAAAAUAUAAAUUUGGGAUAGAGACAAAACAAAAUCUUUUUAUUGAAUACUUUUAAUUUCCUGCGAUGGACAUCUUGAAAUUGGACAUGAUCUAAUGGUGCAAUAUAACAAUUAUUUUUUGAGUUUGAAAAAAGUAAUAGUAUCAUCGUUUCAAAUUUGAAACAUAAGGAAUUGGUUGUUAAAAAAGAGGUAUUAAAUGAAUAUUUUACAUCAGAAUGAUUGUUUUAGUGAUUGGCAGUCAAUAUCCAGUAUAUUUUGGUUUAAAAUAAAACACAGCUUUGCUAAGUUUUGUACAUGUACAAAUAUUUUCUGUUUAUUGUCUGUAGUGUGUGUAGGGUUAGCUCCAAUUGUUUUGGAGUACCACAUAAAUGAGAGAGAAUGUGGGAUGAUUAAGUUAUUGGAGAACAAACCGUUGUAGCAAUGUGAAUGAUAGAGGACUUCCAUGUUCUUCAUACAUGUCCAGAAAGCAAGCUUUAUUUAACUUCUUUUUAAUACUCAAGGUUACCAUAAUUUGUAAAUGAAUCUUUUCAAUGAAAAAUACAUUUAUAUAAGUGA